UCAAAAUCGAUUAAUCUCAAAAUUAUUAAAGGUGGUUAUCGUGUCCAAUUUGCAGAAAUAGUUAUCAGAAAUAAUAUAUAUUGUAUGGAAAUACAACAUAUCAUGACCAAAAACUGCAUCAAAG